AUGUCAUUCUGAGGCGCUACAGUAAUUACAAAUCUAUUUUCAGCAAUCCCAUACCUUGGUCAAACACCAGUAGAACGGGCAUGAGGCGGCUUCUCAGUAGACAACCCAACACUAACCCAAUUCUUUGCCCUCCACUUCCUCCUACCCUUCAUCAUUGCAGGACUUACAUUAGUGCAUCUCACCUUCCUCCACGAAACAGGAUCUAAUAACCUGCUAGGAAUCCCCUCAGACUGUGACAAAAUCCCAUUCCACCCAUACUACUCUACAAAAGACAUCCUAGGCCCUGUUCUCCCCCAGCCUCCUAGGAGACCCAGAAAACUUCACUCCAGCAAACCCCCUGUCCACCCCUGCACACAUCAUUUCCUAUUUCCCUACGGCAUGCUCCGAUCCAUCCCGAGCACACCAGGAGCAGUCCUAGCCCUAGCCACCUCCAUCCUAAUCCUAUUCCUAAUCCCACUUCAUACAUCCAAACAACCUUCAAUAACCUCUCCCCUAUCCCAAAUCCUCUUCUGGACCCUAGUCACCAACCUCCUCAUCCUAACCUGAGUAGGGAGCCAACCAGUUAAACACCCAUUUAUUAUCAUUGCCUCCCUAUCCUACUUCACAAUCAUUCUAAUUCUAUUCCCCCUUGCGGCCAUCCUAGAAAAGAGAUAG